GACAACUGAAACCAGAAACGCAAAGCACAGAGCAGCAAAUCAAAGAAAGAAGAGAGAGAGAAAGAAGAGAGAGAAGGAAGAGGUAGAGAGAGAGAGAGAAAGAAGGAGAAUUUCCUUGUACGAAUCGCUGACUUGAGAGACCCUAGAAGGCGAGAAGGAGAUCUCAGCCAUCAAUGGAGGAAGCCAGAGCCGGAACAGCGGUUGUUCCGCCUCCACCCAAAGGUGGUGAUGGACUCAGAAAUAACAGGCGAGUUCUUCAGGACAUUGGCAAUCGACCCAUCACUAGGAGCUUUCGUGCGCAACUGAUAGCGAAGGCACAAGAAAAAGGAGUUAAAAAUGUGAACCCUGUGGUGCUGCCGGUUCUUGAAGAUAAGGUAGCUCUCAAUCAAAAGCGUAUUUCUACCCAGAAGGUGGUCCCCAGGAAGGAAAUUGAAAAGCAAACACCAGAGGAUUUGGUGAUUAUAAGUUCUGAUGAAGAAGAAAAGGAUAAAUCUGUAGAAGGGCGGAAGGAAGUCAAGACUCUGACUUCGAUCCUCACAGCCCGAAGCAAGGCUAUGGCUCUUGGAGUGAACAUCAAGCCGAAAGAAAAGAUUGUUGAAAUAGAUUCAGCCGAUGUCAGCGAUGAAUUAGCAGUGGUUGAAUACAUUGAUGACUUGUACAAGUUCUACAAGCUCACUGAAGAUGAUAGCCGAGUUCAUGACUACAUGGACUCGCAGCCAGAUAUAAAUACAAGGAUGAGAUCAAUCCUCAUAGACUGGUUGAUAGAUGUUCACCGGAAAUUUGAACUGAUGCCUGAAACCUUCUACCUGACUGUGAACAUACUUGAUCGGUACCUUUCGAAGAAGAUCAUUUCUAGGAGAGAACUUCAGCUAGUUGGCAUUAGUUCCAUGGUCAUAGCAUCCAAAUAUGAAGAAAUCUGGGCCCCACAGGUCAAUGACUUUGUUUGCUUGUCAGACUAUGCAUACUCUGCCGAUCAGAUACUUCGCAUGGAGAAAGCAAUUCUCGGGAAGCUGGAGUGGUAUCUGACAGUUCCAACCCCUUAUGUCUUCCUGUCUCGAUAUAUCAAAGCAUCUGUUUCGCCUGAUGUGGAGAUGAAGAACAUGGUUUUCUUUCUAGCUGAGCUCGGAAUCCUGCAUUAUCCGACUAUCAUUCUGUACUCCCCAUCCAUGAUAUCUGCUGCCGCUGUCUAUGCUGCACGUUAUACUCUGAAUAAGAUUCCUGUCUGGACUGAAACUUUGAAGCACCACACUGGCCACUCUGAAGAACAGUUGAGGGACUGUGCCAAACUCUUGGUUGGCCUUCACUCGAAUUCUGCAGAAAGUAAACUUCAAGCAGUUUACCGGAAAUUCUCAAGACCGGAGUAUGGUGCUGUUGCUCUUUUUGUUCCAGCCAAAAGUUUUCACUCAUCUUCAUGAAGUGUUGCUUCUGAGUCCUGUUUACUUUCUGUAAAUGAAGAUUUUCAAAACCGUGUAUUGUUCUACAAUACUUAAGACUCUUUGCGUAUAUCUUUAGUCCUGUAUAUCGCCAGUUUUCAUAUUUGUCAUUGUUGUUGCUACAACAAUAUAGCUAUUUUAAUUUGUGUUCAAAUUUAGCUGUAAACAUCAGUCGUGGUGCAAUUUUUUCUUGCAAUUCAAUCUGCAAUUUCGAUUUUGAUCUUGCAGUACAAAAUUGCAUUAUAUUAAUGACAAUAGUAUUAUUGAUUUGAGUACCAA